GCCUGAGGAGGUGAGCCGCCUCACCGAGAGCACCUACAAGAAUGUUAUGGAACAGUUCAACCCGGGGCUAAGGAACUUAAUAAACCUGGGGAAAAAUUAUGAAAAAGCUGUCAGUGAUUUCUCAUUCCUGUUUCUUUUUAACAUGCCUGCACCUCACCAAUUCUGCAAGAAAAAUGAAAAACCUCACAAGCACGAGGCCAACAGGGAGCGUGUUCCUUUUCGAUUCCACCAAGUUGGUAGGCAGGGUAGCCCAAAUGAGGUCCCAGGGAAACCUUGAACUGGGGACGGAGUGUGCAGAUGAGUUGAGUCAACUGUUGCCCCUGGCUGCUUCAAGCUAUGAUACUUGCUGGCAGAGCGUAUUAUGAUGGCCUUGCAAAGAUCGGAGAUAUAGCAACUGAAUCUCCUGUUUCUAAAGAAUUAGGGCAAGUUCUUGUAGAGAUCUCAAGCACGCACAAGAAACUGAAUGACAGUCUAGAUGAAAGUUUCAAAAAAUUUCAUAAAGAAAUUAUUACUGAACUAGAGAAGAAAACAGAGCUGGAUGUAAAAUAUAUGAAUGCAACUUUAAAGAGAUACCAAACAGAACACAAAAGCAGGUUAGAUUCACUGGAGAAGUCACAGGCUGAGCUGAAAAAAAUCAAAAGGAAAAGUCAAGGUGGAAGGAAUGCAAUGAAAUACGAGUAUAAAGAAAUUGAGUAUUUGGAAACAGUCACUUCUCGACAGAGUGAUAUUCAAAGAUUUAUUGCUGAAGGUUGCAGAGAAGCUCUCCUUGAAGAAAAAAGAAGAUUCUGCUUUUUGGUUGACAAGCAUUGCAGUUUUACUCAACACAUGAACUAUUAUCAUAUACAGUGUACAGAUUUACUUAACUCCAAGUUGCCUGUGUGGCAGGAAACCUGUAGUGAUGCCACAAAAGUGCCAGAGAAAGUUAUCAAUAUGAUAGAAGAGAUAAAGACACCUGGUUCCACUCCAAUAUCAGGAACUCCCCAACCUUCACCAAUGAUAGAAAGAAAUACUGUGAUUGGAAAAAAUUAUUAUCCUCUUCAUGAAAAUGCAGCAAAAGUGCCUCCUGCUCCCACAAGUAGAGCAUAUACUAGUCCUUUAGUUGAUAUGUUUAACAAUCCAGCAGCAGUUCAAAAGGCACCUUCAGAAAAACUAAAUAAUUCAACAGAUCAUUCAGAUGAUGCUAAUUUAUGCCGUUCAACCUCGGUUGCCACAGGACUGAAUAUAAUGAAAAGACCAAAAGUAAAAACAAUCUUUCCGCAUACGGCUGGAAGCAACAAGACCUUACUUAGCUUUGCACAAGGAGACAUCAUCACACUUCUUGUAGCUGAAGAAAAGGAUGGCUGGCUUUAUGGGGAACAUGACUUGACUAAAGUAAAAGGUUGGUUUCCAUCAUCAUACACAAAGCCACUGGAAGAACCAGCUGAAAACAGACUACCUGCCCCAGUGCCAAGCCCUGUACCAAUCAGAAGUAUCAGUUCUGUAAAUCUAUCAGACAAAGGUGGUGUUGUCCUCCCCGCACCAGACUAUCUAGGACCCUUGAAAAUAGGUGCAAUUUCAGAUAAGAGACUGGAUUCUUCCAAGGAUACAAUUGUGAAAGUACCAGUAGAAAGACCAGACAGCACAACUCCUAAACCUGACAUAAAUGGCAUUACAAAACCACCUUUCCUAAGUGGAGAAAAUCCUUUUGCCACAGUGAAACUCCGACCAACAGUAACAAAUGACAGAUCAGCACCAAUAAUUCGAUGAAUGUAACAUUUAAAUAUUU